AUGUUCGCCUGGCGUUUGCCCCGGCGCUUUUUUGGGUCGUCGCCAUUGGGUUCUGGUGAAAGGUUGAUCCUCGGCAGAUCUCCCAGCCGAGAUGAGCUGCUGAAGAUCUUCCAUACAGAACCCGUGAGCCGUCGAGGACCAAGGGAGCACCUUCAUCAAAGGUUACAAAAGUUGGCAAAUGCAAAGAGAGAAGACCUCAUCCUGCCGGUGCUGAAACUUCUGUUGGAGCAAAAGGUCAAACUGGAUCCCAGGGAUUUUAGCGUUGGUAUUUCGGGCUGUGCUAGAGCUGCCCUUUGGCAAGACGCCUCUGUACUCUUUGCGACUAUGCAUGCAGGAAAGGUGUAUCCGAAUGUCUUUGUGUAUAACGCAACCAUCAGUGCAUACGAAAAAAGCGGGCAUUGGCAACAUGCGCUUCGCUUAUUUCAACUGAUGACCUUUACACAAGUCUUCCCCACUGUUGUGAGCUACAAUUCGAUGAUCAGUGCUUGUGAAAAGGGCGGAGAGUGGGAGAGAGCUCUGAUUUUCUUCCGGUCCGUUUGGAUCGCGACGCUGUCUCCAACCUUAGUGACGUACAGCGCCACCAUCAGCGCGCUCGAAAAAUGUGGCUUUUGGCAGGGUGCACUAUCUCUAUUAGCACAGAUGCUUGCUGGAAGAGUGACCCCUGAUGUUACGAGUUACAAUGCUUUGAUCAGUGCGUGUGAAAAGGGCGGAGAAUGGCAGAGGGCAUUGCACUUGUUCCAGCUGUGUAGGUCGGAGCUACAACCCAAUUUGGUCAGCUACAAUGCGAUGAUUAGCGCAUGCCAGAAGGGCUGGCAGUGGCAACAGGCCUUGAAAAUCUUCAACAGCAUUCCAGAGGCAAAGCUUCGGCCCAAUCUCGUGACCUACAGUGCUGUCAUCAGUUCGCUGGAAAAAAGUCGUGCUUUGUGGCAACUAGCGCUGCAUUUUUUCCAGCAAUUGAAGGUCAGUUGGUCUCCAGACGUCAUCAGUUACAACGCCAGCAUCAGCUGUUGUGGAGCUGCAGGGGAGUGGCAGCCAGCCUUGAGUUUGCUCCGCAACAUGGUGGAUAGCAGCAUCUCCCCUACAGUUGUCACUUAUACAUCAACUAUUCACUCUUUCACAGCAACAGCUGAGUGGCAAAGAGCAUUGGUCCUCUGGCAACAGAUGCAUCAAGCAUCUCUUGCCUCAAAUUUUACUGCGGUGUCAUCUAUGCUGGACGUUCUUGGCGGAUCAACUUCCAAGUCAGCCGAGUCAGUGGCCACAGCGAUGUUUGAAGCUGCUUUGAGAGCGAAGAUCUUCGAAGAUUUGGUUUCGGCAGGACCCCAGAAGUUGGACCUGCAUGGAUAUUCCGUUGGGGCGAGUCAAUUGGCAGUUCGUUGGUGGCUGCAGAUGACGGUCGCACCCUACUUGGCAUCUGAAAGGUGGAAGAUUGGCCACGAAGGUGAGUGGACCUCCAGGAAUUUGCCCAUUACUCUGGUAACAGGUUUUGGGUCUUCUUUAGCGACAUAUUCUCCAAAGCUGCGGCCGGCCUUAUUGGAAUUGCUGCGUGGGAUGGGGCUAGCGGCAGAGAUGAAUCGCUCCAAUCCAGGGAGGAUUGAGGUGGAGUUGGAACGCCUGCGACGCUUUGGCUUUCACGUGGCAGAGGUGCAGCGUGCCAAACGUGCCAUGCUGGCAGAGUUCGAAGAGGAUUAUAUCGAGCGUGAGCAACGACCCUCGGAAAGCUUCGCGGAAGAAUUCACGGCACUGUUUUUGGAUGAGGACUGCGCGCCUGGAGUGGAAGAACGUGCACGGAUUGCUGCGCAGAUUUUACCACAGAUUCGAUGUGAAGAGGUGUCUAGCAUUGCCAAGCUCUAUGAUUUCACAAAGAACGUUGUGGUGAAAAUUGCAACCCCCCUGAUGUCGCUUCGCAGCCCGGCGUACACUUGUUGGAGCGUCCUGCAGGCAUGCCGACAAGUCAGUCUUCCUAGACCAUCUCUUGAUUUACCUUCUGAGGAGGAAGUGGCACAGAUCAUGAAAGAUAUCACAGCCGAGACCAUGGAGGCGUGGCCUCCGGAUCAGGACGACGUGGACGGCCGCCUGAAGCGACUCUUCGAAGGCUGUGCGGAGCAGCUGCUGCCAGCGGGCGGCGAAACCGCCCACAAGCCGCGAGAGGUUCGCGCCCAAGGUGUGCCAAAGCCCACGCGGGCUUCGGAGGUGGCCGUGGAGGUGGAUGAGAAGUUGGGCGAGGAAGUCAUUUUGCAGAAUGGUCUUCGGAUAUUCUUCAAGGAGACAGACCUGUACAACGAUGAGAUUUUGGUGAAGGGUCGUCGUUGGGGCGGUCUGUCGGAGUUCCAGGACCCCAGAGUUGGUGGUCUGGGUAAUGUUUAG